AUGAUCGAAGGCGGUGAGGUGAACGCUGCCUAUCCUCCUCCAAGUCCCCCGGGCCUGGCUGGCCUUUGCUUGCCAGGAGUAUCCUGCCGUGGUCAGUCCAGUAGCCCACCUCAAGGUCAAGAUGCGGUCUUCGCGCCUCCUACCGCGACGGCUGGCUCCACCUCGCAUUCUGCGCGAGAGGAGGCAGUGCUUCCGGGCUGUGCCACCAAUGAGAUUCAGGCGCAGGCCAGUGCAGCUCCACCCAUCUUGGGGAUCAAGAGCCGGCAGGCUUCGCAUGCCAAAGGAAGUUCAGAAUCCUCGGUGCAAACGGUCGGAAUUCCGAUUCCAAGCAGAAGAGACGCUGAGGUGAACUACGUCACAGAUACUGUCACCACGCCCACUCGGCAGAACAGGCCGUCAGACUCGUUGUCUCUUUUCAAUCAUGACUCGGGUGGCUGGCCUAAUGUUGAAUAG